AUGCUAAGAUCUUCUCUUCUUCUUUGGCUCUUUCUCCUUCAAAUUGCUCAAGGAAUUGAUCGAGUUAGACUCCCUCGGCGAGAGCGAAUAUUCCAUGGGGUGAAUGCCAUCGUGAAGGGAGCACCCUGGCAUCCUCGGACGGAGUAUUUUGACUUCCAGACGUCUCUGCAUGAUUUGGAUUUUGAUCUCCUCAAGACAGCAGGCGUAAAUGUCAUUCGGCUCGGAACCAUGUGGCCGGGUAUAGAGCCACAACGUGGACAAUACAACAUGACAUACAUUGGGGUUCUCAAGUCGAUAGCACAAAAAGCAGCAAAGAGAGGAAUUUACACUCUGCUGGACAUGCAUCAAGAUGCACUCACUGAAAGAUUUUGCGGAGAAGGUUUUCCUGACUGGGUUAUACUGCCAUCAGGCAGGCUUCGUUUCCCCGAACCUUAUCUGGCGCCGUUUGAAAGCUUCGAUCCAGCGACAGGAUUUCCAACGGUAGAAGAAUGUCUCAAAGGUGACUGGUCGAGAUACUAUUUUGCGGAGGCUGUCAGCUCAGCAGUCCAGGCGAUCUAUGACAACAAAGACGGCAUUCUCGACGCUUGGGCUAAUAUGUGGGCUACAGUUGCCGCUGCUUUCAAGAAUGAACCAUAUGUGCUGGGGAUCGAGCUGGUGAACGAGCCCUGGUGUGGUAACAUCUUCCACAAUCCUCUCCUGCUCGUGCCAGAAGUCGCGGAUGAAUACAACCUGCAGAGAGUGUACGAUCGACUUGCGACUGCAAUAUGGGAAGUCGAUCCAACCCGGCUCGUCUUCUUUGCAGGAGUCACAUGGGACAAUUAUGGAAACGGGUUCAGUCAUCCUCCAGGAGGGUCUCAAAAUGCCAACAGGUAG